AUGCCGCUUCGAGUCCUCAUCUCCGGCGCGGGCAUCGCCGGCCCGGCGCUCGCCUUCUGGCUCACUCGCCUCGGCCACGCAUGCACCGUCAUCGAGCGCUUCCCCAGCCUGCGCGCCAACGGGCAGCAGAUAGACCUGCGCAAGCAGGGCGUCGAGACGGCCCGGCGCAUGGGCAUCCUCGAGUCGAUCCGCGGCCACAUCAUCGACGAGCUCGGCCUCCAGGUCGUCGAUUCGGCCGGCCGACAAAGGGCGCUGUUUGCGCGCAUCGAGGGCGACGCGGCCGGUCGGCAGGGCUUCACGAGCGAGUUCGAGAUGCUGCGUGGGGACCUGGUGAGGGUGUUGGUCGACCUGACAAAGGACUCGGCCGAGUAUAGGUUCGGCGUGUCGGUGGACGAGUUUGAGCAGCGAGACGACGGCGUGCAGGUUGCCUUUUCGAACGGCACGAGCGAGGCGUACGACUUGCUCGUUGCGGCAGACGGCCAGGGAUCGCGGAUCCGCAAGAUGAUGCUCAAGGAUGAGGCCGAGCUGGACGCGAAUCGCAACCUGGGCGUCAACAUGGCCUAUUUUACGAUCCCGCGCCGUCCCGACGACCCGGACCUCGCCAUCAGCUACACGGCAACCAAGCAGCGCUUCAUCCUCGUGCGGUGGCACUCCCAGACAGAAGGACAGGCCAACCUGGGCACAAUGGCGCACGAAGAGGACUUCGCCGCCGCGCUGCAGCAGGACACUGCCACGCAAAAAGAGCUUUUCGCGCAGACGUUCCGCGACGCCGGAUGGCAGGCAGAGCGACUCGUCGACGAGAUGCACCGCGCCGACGACUUCUACGCGCACCCCAUGGUGCAGGUGCGCACGGGGACCUGGUCCCGGGGCAGGGUCGUGCUGGUGGGCGACGCGGGAUACGCGCCCACGCCGCUCACGGGCAUGGGCACGAGCCUCGCCCUCAUGGGCGCGUACGUGCUCGCCGGCGAGAUCUCCAAGAGCCCGGACGACCUGCGCGCCGCGUGCGAGGCGUACGAGCGCGAGCUGCGGCCGUAUGUCGAAAAGGUGCAGAAGAUCCCCAAGGGCUUGCCGGGGCUGGCGUACCCAAAGGGCGAGUUUGGCGUCAAGGUGAUCAACACGCUGCUGGGCAUCACGACGACGUUGGGGCUGGACCGGGCGUUUCAGCAUUCGCUCCUCAAGUCAGAGGACCCGUACAGGUUGCCCGAGUACCCUGCCCUGGCUGCGUAA